UGAUUACAUCGGCUUUCUUCAUUGCCCAAGGCAGGACGUGACCACACAGGAUCCGAGAAAGAAUAGGAAACGUUUACAUUACUUUCGGACCACUGCACGAGCAUUUCAAGUUAAAUAUUUCAAUAUUUUAUUUUGGCAUCUGUAAACCGUUCUUUAGCCUCGUAAACCUCGUUAUUAUGUCUUGGCAAAGCUACGUGGACAACUUGAUGGCUGAUGGCAGCUGCCAGGAUUCCGCCAUUGUUGGGUACACGGACGCAAAAUACGUUUGGGCAUCACAUUCCGGUGGUACAUUUGCUAACAUGACGCCAGAAGAAAUAGAUGUCAUUAUUGGAAAAGACAGAGAGGGAUUCUUCACCGGUGGCAUGACCUUGGGUAAAAAGAAGUGCUCUGUUAUCAGAGAUAGCCUUCUAAUAGAUGGGGACUGGACGAUGGACAUCAGGACAAAGAGCCAAGGUGGCGAGCCAACAUACAACGUCUCUGUAGGCAAAGCUGGCAAAGCAUUGGUUUUAGUCAUGGGAAAGGAAGGUAUCCACGGAGGGCAGCUCAACAAGAAAGCCUUUACCAUGGCUGACUACCUGAGGAAAUCUGGAUACUAAAGUGGCCCCUCCCCAUCCACACAGCAGCGCACUCUUUAAGCACACCUUUAUCCCCAACAUGUUGACAGCACUACCAGGCUUGAUUAGCAGAUGCAUCAUUGUCUGUUUUGUCAUUUUCCCCUGAUUUUUUUAUUUUUAAGGUUUUUCUUUUUGUCCAUCUUUGUCCCUCCCCUUCUCCAGCCUGUUGCUGUUUAUCCUGAGAUGUCAGCCGUCAUUCUGACAUCUCUUUUUUUUGUGCCACACCAAAAAUGAGCAUGUUUGUUGGUUUUGGGGUGGGGGGUGGGUUGGUUGGGGUGGGGAGACGGUUAUGUAGGCUUUUUUCCCCCCAAAAUAUUGAUGAAAACGCCUCCAAUUUGGACUUUUAACCCAGCAUCAUUCUGCAAUUUGAUGUGAAGCUUAGGUCAAUAAACUAGUUAGUGUAAUGGUGCUGCACAGCUUUGUGUAGAUAAUGUUGCCUCUCGAAUGCUAAGAGCCAUUCCUGAGCUCUGAUGGUCUUCCUGUUGUACAGCAUGCCACGGGAGGGUAUACUGCAUGCAUAUCUUUAGGUGAAAUAUCAUUGUCUUUCUCUUCCAUCUGACCCAUUUCAUUAUACAGUACCAUGGAACAGUUUGUUUGCCCUGCAGUUAUAGUCUGCCCCAGGUGUGGAGCCUUCUAAAGUCCAUCGACCCUCUGGACCUUCCCAACCUCCCCUUUUUGAUUGGUGAUGCCUUGCAUCACAUACUUUUGCUGUUGUGAUCGGAUGUGGUCUUUUUAAGUAGUUGGUAUAAUGUUGGAAUGUGUCUGGGUAUGAUGGCAGAUCAGCAUUUAAGAGGAGUUUAUGUCCCUCCAAAGAGCCUUGGAUCCCGGACUGUACAAGGACAUUCCACCGCUACGAUGGCUCAGGCAUUUAAAUCUGUUUUGCCACCUCUUCCUUUUUUUUUCUUUUUUUUCUUUUUCUUUUUUUUUAACUAUGUGCUGCCAUCCCAGUGUAACUGUUUUUGUGUCCCGUUUUCUCUAUAGGACCAAUUUUUGUUGCAUCAAGGGGUUUACUAACAGGAUUGCUUUAAACUGUUGUGAAGGGUGACUGCUUGCUUCAUCUGUUUGCUGACCGAACAUGUUAAAAAAAGAAAAGAAAAAAAAAAGACUUAACCACGUAAUCACUCAUGUUGUAACACUAAACUUUACAACUCUACUAGUUCACAUGACUGUAAAAAUGGUUUAACUUGACAUGUCUAAAAACAAAUCAGUGCUACAACGAAUAUAACACUUAAUACUUGAUCUUCACUCAUGAAUGUCAUAAGUGGAUGGAUUGGCAGUCAGUUUCAACUUUGUCAUGAAUUACUUUAAAGAAUGCAUUUGACUGUUCAUUCAUGGUGUGCAGGAAACCAUUUGGAUUAAUUGCCUUGUGCUCUUCAUCAAAUGCAAUGUAUGGAACUGUCAUAGCACGGUACAAAACAUUAAAAAGACAAAAAAUAUGAAUAUGAAACUGAAACUGUGUACACUAAAUUUUCUGGGAUGUGUUGGUUGGAAAUAAGACCUCUGCAGUCAGUCUUGUGGAAAAUCAAAGGACAAGAAGCUGUAUCCUGUGCCAUAAUGUAGAUCUGUUGCUACUGUGAGAUGGAUUUUAACUGCUGCCUUGCAAGGAGUCCCUUCUUCAAUGGCACUUACUUUGGGAUAUUGGCGUUAAACUCACACUCUUCCAGGGAUUGUGGAAUAUGUACAGAUUAAAAUUAAACUCGUCAGUUGUCACCAAUUCAUGUUUUUUGUUCCCUUUUUUCAUACACCUGAAUAUAGUGGAGCAGUUGAUAAUACUACUCUGUUUUCAUGGAGAAAAUGCCAUGAUUAAAUAAUCACCUUGUUUACAGACGGAUCAAAUAAAUGUAUUCCAACUCAA